AUCGACAGCGUACAUGUACAUGUAUGUGUGUACGUGGAUUCCCUCAAAUCAUCCUUUUUGGGGUGGGGGGGAAGUCGCCAUGAUAUUUUGACAGAGAACGCAUGAUGGCGCUAUUACAGUUUAAGGAGCCGAGGGUAGGAUAGGAUAGGACUGACUAGGUGUGCGCAAAGGUGUAUUACUACUAGUAGGCCUAUAAAAAUAGUAACUGGCUACAGAGCCGCAUCGUCGGCCGUCGGCGUCAUGUUCAUGAGAACCAUCCCACCACCUUUGUUGUACAUAUACAUGUAGGCCUAGUACAACGUGACCACAGUACCAUUGCCAGAUCUUCUUGAAAUGGCUGCUUCCUCCCCCGGCCACCAAGGUGAUAGAUUGGCCGGCCACCAAGGCAAUAAAUUGGCCAUUCGGAGCGGCAAAGUGAAGUCAGCCAGACUGGGCCCCAGAGUCAGCAAGUCUCUCCUAUGGUGCUUCGGGGUGUUUUUCAUGGUCGGGGUAGGCAUAGAUGUUGCCUACUACUGGCAGGGUGAUCAUGUUGAGACGAGGCAGUCACAGCAGAGACCAGUGCCAAGGUACGCUGUCAGGCAUUCGACAGGCAAGCACCAAUUCAGCAGCUUGGUGUCUGGUCACAAUGCCAGUGAGUGGUCUUCCCCAAUAUCUGGGCUUUCCACCGAGCCGAAUGUCAACAUCUCCAUCUUUGAGCCUUCAUCAAUUGACGUGUCAUCCACCUUUUCGAAGUUCAAGGUUCUGCAGAGCUCUUUUCCAACUGAUGGCCUGAACUCCUUUUUUACCAUAAAGAAUGCUAGACAGGCUUUGAAUUAUUCACUGUGCGACACCUUGGAACUACACAUUGAGGCAAGGGACCAGCACAACCAACUCAAACAGUAUGGUGGAGAUUAUUUCUGGGCCAAAAUCUUCAGCAUCACGUCGCAUUCCAGCCAGCCAGCAGAUGAGAUCAUGGACCAUGGCAAUGGCACUUACACGGCCCGGUUCGCUCUGCACUGGACGGGUGCAGUCAGCAUGCAAGUCCUCCUCAUCAAGUCCAGUGAGUAUGUCGCACUGCUCCGGGAGUUGCGAGAGGCGGCCCCAGCCCGCUUUGCCUACAACGGGAAGUUUCAGGUUGGGGACCAAAUAGAGGUCAUGCCCUGCCACAUCACUACGGAGAUGUUCCUGGGCUUCAUGGAGGCGGAGAGGUCCCGCGGGUUCUGUGAUUUCUCCAACAGGCGGUUGGGUUUUCCAUGGUUCUGUCUGAAGCCACACAGGCUUCCCUGCAGCUCGUUUGUGGAGCAUAUGGGGUCCUUGUCACGGAGUCAUGCUUACAACGAGCUUUUGCUGCAGGACAAACCUAUCUCUGUUAUCCAUCCGUUUGCUGUCAUCAAGCAAAUUGGAGCUACAGCUAUUGAAGUUACAUCUGUGCGUAAUAGGGAAGGGAUGAGCCUUUGCAUGGACAAACCUCUCCCCCUUUGUACCCCAGGUCUUCCUCCAAGACCCCCUAAAUCCGUGGCUGGUUUCUAUCACCAGACAUCCUGGCAGUCUCUCAUUUGCCAGGUGCGGAAUUUCCAAACCUCGGAUGCUCUAAAAUGCCUCCAGGAUCACAGUCUCUUUUUCUAUGGGGACUCCACCUUGCGUCAGUGGUUUGAGUACCUGAGUCUUCGCCUGGGUCCCACCAUGAUGGAACAGAGCUGCACGAGCAAACUGGUCGGGCCGCGCUUUGUGCACGACGUGGUUCACAACAUUUCCAUGACAUUCCGCAUCCACGGGUACCCCAUCCGCAGCAUCUGGCUGCGUGUCAAAGAUAUUGCAUACACCGCCAAUGAAAUUGACGCCUUGCCUGGCGGGCCGGACACUGUCGUUGUCCUAACACUCUGGGCCCAUUUCACUCCCACCUCCCUCCAGUUUUACCGUGACCGCUGGAGGGCCAUCAAGGCAGCCUUGCAGAGGCUGCAGAUGCGGGCCCCCGGCGCACUGGUAGUUAUUAAGUCAGCCAACACCCGGGAGCAGCAAGGCAUCGACAUGAGCAACUGGUAUGCCAUGGAGCUGGACAAGGUCAUGAGGGAGGAGUUAGCCUUGGAACAGGGAGUGGCAAUCAUUGACGUCUGGGAUAUGACCUUGAGUCACUCCACAGGCUACAAUAUCCAUCCCUCGGAAAGCAUUGUUGCUCAGGAAAUGAAGAUGUUUCUUAGUUUUCUGUGUCCCGUCCCAUAAAGUGGUUGUUGUAGAAAAGGUAGUGCUAUAUCUGUAUGCAGUAGCGGAUGAUAUCUGUACUUGUCCACUGUACUUGUACAUGUGUAUUCACACAUGCUCACACAUGCUUAAAUUAGUCUAUUGAGGUUAAACAUACCGUAUGUGGAGCGCACAAGCAUCAAUGUAUCAUGGCCGGGCAUUGGAGUAGAGAUUACUCUGUGACAUCACCUGUAAAACUGCAGUGAUGUGGUCAAAAUAUGCCACAAAUUUUGAGCAAAUGACCAACAAGGGUCAGUGUUUGUGAAGUCUAGUGUUGCAAAGCCUGGCCACUGAUACAUGUACUUAAUGUGGUACUUCAUUCCUUUUGAAAUUUUAUAAAAGAAUGGCCAUUUAGUUUCAUUGCAGUGGUGCGUUUUGCAAAUUACUUGUAUUUGCAAAAAUUUCUUGUGUGUGAAUUUAUCACAAUGGUGCUUUAUGUUUUUACAUUGUAUCUUAAUUAACAAAUCUAUGCUAUUUAUAAAAUAAACACUGUUAUGCUUGAAAGAGUUUUUUAUGCAAGGUUCAGUCUUCUUAAAUGAUUCAUUAAGCUCAAUAUUUAUUAUUGGAGUUUGAAGUGUUACUUGCCACAAAAGUUAACCACCAAUUCCUUUAAGCUCAGGAAAUUUUGUGAGCUCUUGUUAAUAGAGAGUGUUGAACUACAGGUAAAUCACAAGUUAUUUUAAAAGAGCAACAACAUGCAUACAUCUCUUAUAUAAAGAAUCCUAAUCAGUUUGGAAGUGUGAAUUGGGCCGAUGAUACUACAUGUAUUAGUUUUCACAUGAGGGCGAGUUGCACAUGGAAUGAUGAGUGUGUCUGUGUCCCACCGUAUAUCACAAGGCCGAAGGUGAGUAGUAUACGGGACACAGACAUGCUGCAUCAUUCCGUGUUCCAUUAGUGCAAGUGUAAUAACAAAUUAAUCUUCAAGCAGAUGUGACAUGCAGUAAACAUGUUACAGAGACCCAUGUGUGUAAAUGCACCACCUUUGAAUUUGCAAUAAAUUUUCCAGAUGUGCACUGCUUUUCUUUUAGCGUCAAAAUAGCGCAACGCAUUGAGUUUUAAAAGUGCAUUACGCAGGGUUUGAGUGGGAGGAGUUCACAAUGCAUUGUGGCACCACAAUUACACAGCCUUUGCAGGACACAUACAUCAGGUGGAGGCUGGUUCUAUAGGGUUGUAUUGUCAUAGGCUGUAUCAGUUUACUGAGCCAGGCAGAAAUUUCAGGCAACCAGUUAACACUGUCAAUCAGGACUGUGGUGGUUCAUGUACAUAUUGAGGUCCAUGUAGCUUUGUCAGAUCCCUGGUUUUUAAAGGGGAGUGUUGUAUUGGAUGUACAUGGACCAAAACCUUACUCAGUGAAUGAAGAUGUGCAAUAUUGUAUGAUGUUACUUGGGGACCAAAAUAGGGAUACUGUGACCGUCAGUGGGGACAGGGUUGGGGAUGUGUAUUUUAAAUAGGAGACGGUGGAUGCAAUUAAUUAACAUUGGUGGAAAGUAUGA